AGAUCUCGAGACUUCAAUCGGAGUUGUUCGUUUUGCUCCAAUGGCGUCGGGAUACGAGGUCGAGGUGACGAUCACGUCGGCGAAGGAUCUGAAGAACGUGAACUGGCGGCACGGCCCGCUGCGGCCGUACGCCGUCGCGUGGGUGGACCCGAAGUCCAAAUGCUCCACUAACGUCGACAAGGAGAGGGACACAUGUCCCUACUGGAACCAUUCGCUUGUCAUCCCCCUCGACGCGCCGAUCGAGGACUCCACGCUCUUCAUCGACAUCGUCCAGGCCGAUGCCGCCGAGGACACCAAGCCGCUGAUUGGCUCCGCCCGCCUCCGCCUCCGUGAGGUCGUCGACGAGGCUGGCCUCGGCCGGCGCGCCCCCCGCAAGCUCGAGCUCAAACGCCCCUCCGGCCGGCCCCAUGGCAAGCUCGAAGUCGAGGUUUCCGUGCGCGGACCCCCCUAUCGUGCGCCCGACCCGUACUACGCCCCACCUUACGGCGUCCCGCCGGCUUCCUCAAGAGACUACUACGCAGCCCCUCCAAGCUACGGCGGUAACCCCUACGCAGCCCCGCCGGCGUCCGGGAACCCCUACGCGUCGCCGUAUCAGGCGGCCCCGCCGUCCGGGUACCCAUACGCCGCGGCGCCUCCGUACGGUCAGCCAUCGGGCGGGUACGGGCAGGAGUAUUACGGGCAGCCGCCGAAGGAAGAGAAGAAGAGCAAGUACGGGCUGGGGACGGGAUUGGCUGUGGGCGCGGUCGCAGGAGUGUUGGGUGGGCUGGUGAUAGGGGAGGCCGCGGAGGCCGUGGAGGACAAGAUCGCGGAUGACGCGGCGGAGCGGGUGGAGGAUGAUUUUGCAAAUGAUGAUGGUGGAUUUGACGGUGAUGACUUCUAAUUUAACAAAAUGGAAUUUGGUGGUGAUCGGUCUGCCAUCGUCGUCGUCGUCGUCAAUCGUUUAUGUGAGAAUAAGGGUCAGACCAACGGCGCAUGUUUUUCAGGUUGUUAUGUAUUAAGGUAGGUCCGGCGUAGGUGAUUGGACCACCGGUGGGAAUAGUAUAGCAUGAGCGAAGAUCAUGUCUGAAUGAAUGACACAAAUAUCAUAUAUGUUAUGCUUUUCUUUUUUUUUUUC